UUCUAACGUAAAGAAUGAUUACCAGAAUCCUUUCACGGUUUUGGAGAAAAGUAAAUGGUUCACCGAAUAUAACGUAUACUUGCGUGUUCACCUUGGUGCUUUCGGUUUGCUUGUAAAAAGCUAGCCAUAGGGAUAGGAUGAAACAGAUUCUUCUUUUGAUUUCCUUCUGACACUUCUUCCGUUUGAGAUUGUGAUCCUUGCACAAAAGCAAACUGAUCGACCAAAUCAUCCAAAGCCAUAUCCUUCCAAGCCGGUUCAUGUCGUAGCUGCUUACUUCUCAUGAGAAUUAAAUUCGCACUUGAAUGCUGAAUUGUAAGUUCAUCUUCUGGCAUGGGAGGCAGGUAUUCGAGACGAACUUCUACAUCAUCAAUGGGCAGCUUGUCUUUUCGCCAUUCCGAAGCAAAAAGAACCACUCUUGGUUGGUUCAUAUGUAUUUGACAAUAAUUGGAAUCCAUUGAAUUGACUUUUGCUACGGUUCCUUUCAAUUACGAAAAUCUGCGGUUCUGUCACAAGUUGGUUUUCUCCACAGCUGUAAACAAACGCUACGAAGUCCCUCCUCCGACAAUCAGAAUUUCCAAAACUAUUGAAAUUCUACUGUCUCUGUACUGUUAAAAAAGCUCUGAUUACGAUUACAACUAUCGAUUUUCUAAGAAUAUGAGCUGAGCUACAGGCGUUGAAAUUCCUGCUUCACUUCUGCAACGAAAAUACCGAAACUUUGAAAUUUGAGAAGUAUUUAAGAGAGAUAUAUAUUCUUAAACUACUUUAUAGGUUUAACCUAUGUUUAUAUUUAUCCUUGUCCGCUCUUUUAUAAACAAUAGUAGCCUAUGUGAGAACGGCCUUCCUUAAGGACACAUAAAAACAUCCAUUGGCACUGGUUUCUUUACGGCUUUAGUGAAUACAGUUAAAAAGAGACAGUCCUGUCUAGAACUGUAAACUGUAAACCUAUAAUCAGAAGCAGUCAAGUCUGCAUCACUGACCAGUCAUCGAGAGUAUGGAUGUAUAUAUAUUCCCCAAUCCUCCUCUUUUCUCUAUCUCUCUUUAUAAACACAAAAAUCGAAAGCUUUCAUAGCCUAGUCUUCACUGCUUUGGGCACAGCGGAUUGUUUAUUUACGUUAGGCUUUUGAAAUCCCCAUUUGUUUACAAUAUCGCCAAUCUCCAUUUAUAACAAAACCAUUCUUACGUCGACGAAAUAAGAAAAGCCAAUACUCUUUCAAAGAAAUCCCUUGAAAAAUCCCACUUUGACAGUCAUCUCAAUCAUUACAAGUUGCUCUCUUCAGUAAGCCUAGCGUCAUUCCAUAAGCUAAACCUAUAACUUUUUUGAUACUCCAUCGAUUUUGCAGUCUUCCUGAAUAUGGAUUCUUACGUUUUGUCAUUUUCGGUUCCAGAUCCAUCUUUUCCGCCUUCAGAAGAAACAGCCCUUUAUGCAAGCAAGUGCAAUUUUUAUGGAAAAAAUCCUUACGAAAGCAUUAGAAAAGCUGCUGAACUACGCUGUACCGAAGUUCAGUCUCUUUAUCCGGUAACUGUUAAUCUACAUGCGAAGCAUAAAACGCCAGACAUAAGUGUUUCCCGCAAUGAGAUAGUAAUUGUAAUCGCAGGAGCUUAUGAAAGUGUAUAUUCAGCCAAAAUAUACAUCCUUCAGUCCCUUCCCAAGCUUAUAACUAGUCGCAUUUUGCUUGAUGAACCUCUGGAAACCCUCUUAUUUGAUGAAGAAGGGUUCAUGUACGAAGACGCGAUGAAGCAUUUCGAUACAAUCUCAGAAUUGACGGGAGCUAAACUAUACCUUAUUCAUCGUUCACUAAGUAGUGGUAUAGAAGCUGAAGUAAGCACAGGGCGUGGGUUCAGUUAUCGUCUGAAUGAACAAGAAAGCUUUCGACAAAAGCAUUUAGAGUUUACACGUUUAGAAUUUGGACGAGAAGAAGAAGCUGAUAGCUCAUAUUUUGUGGUUUUUUACGGUGAUUACUGUAGCGUGGAGCAUGCACGUAUCAAGUUUCUGACUCUUCUUGAUGAACUUCGUGGUCUUUCAGUUUUAAGUAUUCCCAUAUCCGCUUCUUUUCAGCCAAUUCUUAUGGGAAAGGCGUAUUACAGCUCUGCAGGGCUAAAAGCUACUGAAACGAUGAAUAUGUAUACACUUCCGUUCUUUUCUGAUAUGCUACCUCGAUUGCAAAAUAUGCCGGAACUCAAUUCGUCGAGAUUAAUCGUUACUGGAGAAUCCGAAAGCCUAAAGCGUUUAGAAGAAGCGUUUUAUUAUGCUGAAGAACAUUUAAAAGUAUUCACGCACAUUAUGGAACUAUCUUUCACCAAGCUUAUCGAAUUUUUAACGAACGAAAUUGACGAACUACGACUUAUUAUGGAAGAAAAUUCUUCUUUUAUAAGAUUUCCCGAUUACUUCAAAGAGGGAAAAGGCUCAUGCACAGAAAACUCACACAUCAAGAUUUAUUCCUCAACGCUUGUUAAUGCCGAAAGAACCGCUCUUCGUUUAUCCAAAUUAUCGAGUAAAUAUGUUGAAGGCAGAACAAAGUUUGAUGUUCAUGACAGCGAAGAGUUUUUGCGAAAGAGAGGUUCUUGGAAAGAUUUAGCAUUUUUAGAAAAGAACACAUAUAGUUCUAAAUCUUCCUCUGCCACUUCACUCGUGAGUUCCUCUACUGAAGGUAACAGUGCAUCAUUGCAAUCACCAGGAAAAUUACUAGUGCCACCUACGGAAUACAUGCUUCAGCUAGCAAUUAUCACAAUGGCUUCUGGAGUAGAGAUGCUUCUAAAAAGUAAUGAAAUCACGUAUUUGGGCCAGGAAAACACCACACCUAUUGCCAUGGAAAAAGCAAGCAAGGUUUUUCACAAGUUCGGAUCUUCCCAAUGGCAUCAAAUUCUUCUUGACGCCCCAGCCAAAGACCUUGACUUCAUAUCUGGAAAGAAGAAUGGCAAGUUGGACAAAGUGAAACAACAAUGCAAGUUUAAUUAUCAUAACGGAGACAUUAUUUUCUGUCCAAUGUCUUCGACUAUAUUCACAGUCGACAUCUAUGGUGAUGAAUUAGAAAGAGUAAUAAAGGGAAUGAAUACUAUGCUUCUUGAAUUUCCUUCAGAAAUGCACUUUUUUAUUCCAGAAGAGAUACACAAGAAACUUAUUGGGUUCCGUGGAGAGCAAAUUCAAAGAGUGACGAAGCUAUACAACAGCUAUAUAGAGUUUUCCACGACUCCCUUUGACUGUUACGGACACAAUGUUCUUAUAAGAACUCCGUCAAAGUUUUCCGAGAAUUUAUGGGCAGUACGGUCUUUAUUCGUCAAAACCGCAGAAGGACUAGGUUACGGUGUCCCUAAGUAUUUAUAUGCUGUCUAAGUAUAGAUGACAAUUUCGCGCAGAUACUGUUCUUGAGCGUUGUUUUUACCGUCUUAUGUCAUGCGAAUGUUGGUUUUGAACCGAUAAGAGAACACACCUCAAAUGCCUUUUGUGAUGUUCUUGUACACGAUGUUGUAACUUUCCUUUCCUUGAUUAGACUUUAUUUCAUUUGAAAUCGUAAAUUCUAAGGUAUACAUGCCAAUUCCCAGAUUUGAUUACUUCCUUUUUUCCUAGUAAGUCAUGAAUUAAAUAACCGGAAAUCCUUGGAAAAAUUCAUAAACGCAAAAAUAUUCGAUGGUUAGAUUCUUACAAUAAAAUACAAAAGUAAAAAAAAAUCUCAACAUUUUAGAGCUCCUCUUGGGUAAAUCACAUUGCA